AUGUCAGCUAAAAUUGUUAAAUCAAAAAAAAAGGAAAUUGUUAAAGUUAUACAUGGUACUUUAUUAAAAACUAAUAUUAGAGCUCAAUGUGCUUCAGCUGCACCACCAUUGGGUCCUAUGCUUGGACAGCGUGGUUUGAAUGUUGCUAAUUUUUGUAAAGAUUUUAAUAAAGAUACUAGUCACAUUGUAAAUGGAGCUGUAUUGCCAACAAGAAUUUCUAUUAAACCAGACAGAAGUUAUGAUAUUGAAAUUUGUUCACCAGCAACUUCAUGGUUACUUAUGCAGGCUGCUGGAAUUACAAGAGGAAAGACAUCAAAAAAUGAAAUUGUUGGAAAGUUAUCUGUCAAACAUAUUUAUGAAAUUGCGAAAGUUAAAAGCAAAGAUAAAGUAUUGGUAGGCGUGCCAUUAAAAGAAAUAUGUCAACAAAUUAUUCGCACCUGUCGUAUAGUUGGUAUAGAAGUACAAAAGAAUGAUUUAAAUCCCCAAGAAUUAAAAGAUUUCUUGGAUCAAAGAAAAGUAACUGUUUCAGCUCAAUUGAAAGAGUUAUCUGAUAAAAAGGCAGCAAAAAUGAGAAAUGACGAAGAAUUGACUGAUCAAUGCCCACCAGGAUUAAAACGUUGCAUUAAUGUUUUUACUGUAUUAAGAAAUCCAUCUAUUUUACCAUCAUGGAAACCAUCAUAUUGGACAACAGCCUAUAACCAGUACCGAGCAAUGCGAGAGCUUUUUAAUAAUGAUGAAGUAGCUCAAAUUGUUCCAAUCAAUCAUGACUUAAGUAUUGUAUAA